AUGAGCAGACGCACCAGUCAGGCGACGAGCCGCGCCAGUUUCGCCAAAUCGCCAGCGGUACAGAGAGAUCCGAACAUGAAGGAGACGGUGAUUUCGUUCAAUAUCAAGGGUGGACAGAAUUUAUCAGCAACAAAGGAUGGUUCUGAAAUGUUCAUUCGCCUGUCUUUCGGCUCCUUCACCGCUGAAUCUGAAUACGUCGAGGCAAAAACCGAAGCUUCCAACGUCAAACUCGCGAUCAAGGAAGAAAUCUCCGGCACGAGCACUCCCUUCUUCGACAAUUUGGUCCGAUACCCCUUGACAGUCAGCUUGAUCGAAAUGCUGCCGAAAGAAAAGAAGCAAAAAGAAGAUAAAAUUAUUUGCCACAGAGAAGUGCACCGAGAUCUUUCGCCAUUUUUGAAGGGAAAGAGGAAGAUUUCCGAAAGCGUGCGGGAGGUUUCAAAAGAAGCGCCAAAUGUUCAGGUCAAUUUGGAGAUUUCUGUUUCCAUAAGUCCAGAGCUGAAACCCGAAUUCCUGGAAAAGAACCGAAUCAUGACCCUCCGCCUAAUCUACGCUUCUGGAGUCCCCGAUUCAUGGGUCGGAAACAAUUUCAACGCCUGCCUUCCCAUUCAAAAAGAAGAAAACGAAACCGCCGCGAUCAAGUUUUCCGGAAAAGCAGAAAACGCUUUCAACACAAGCGAAAAAUUGCCCCUCUUCUGGAGCGGAUUGAAAAACACUACCGAGAAAAUCAUCGCGAAGGAAAACUACAAAAUUCCAGACAGCGCGGAAGCUGAAGAAAAUGCGGAUGGAGAAUGCCCUAAUGCGAUUGUUUUUACUUCGGAGAGGAAGAUGAUCAUGAGUGAAGAUGAUUGCAGAGCUUUUGAGGCGAGAAUCGCGAAGGUAUCAAAUUUGUUGCCGAUUGAGGUUUCGAAAGUGAAAGAUACAGACGCAAAAGCAAAAGGAAAAGCAAAACCUGACGAUGGUGAGCUCCACAACCACGGAAUCGCCCUGAUCAACCUCGAGUCACUUCUCUAUCCCGGUGUAAAAUCCGUCUCUGGCAAAUUCAAGCUCAAUCCGUUUACACAAAAUCAACUUAUUCGCGCUGGAUAUGGAGAGAGUAUCACAGCGAGUUCCUGCAACAGCGGCACGAUUUUAUCGAUGGGAUCAACUUCAAGAAACGACAGUUCUGAUGCCGGCGGCGCUUCAGACAUCAGACCCGAAUCACGACAAAUGGCCCAAGACGCGCUUCCUUACAAAGAAAUGAACUCGUCAAUUUUCUUCGAAAUCUCGUUCUCCCGCGCCCUCGUCGAUCGCGCUACUCUUCAAGACCUGGACAAGAACCUCGCGACUUUGAUUCCAAUGCGGCCGAAAAUCCCAAGGAAGAAAUAUGGAGCUGACAUUAGCGUUCAAGAGUAUAAAAAGCAAAUCACAGAAGUCGCGAAACAAGUUCUCGCGGAGAUCAGAGCUUUUGCGCCGUCGACUAAAGGAGAAUCUUUUGAAAAAUCAUUAUUGUAUCAGCUGAACAGAACUGGAAAACACGCACAAUACCACGAACUGCUGAAAAACUCGAUCAUCCGCGUCGUCCGCGAGAAAUUCCUGAAAAAGAAAGACUUUGAAGAUCCAGAAGCAAAGAAAGAAUUCAUCGAGCAACUCUACGUUUUUCUCAUAGAACAAAUGCACGUGGCAAUCAACGAACAAGUGGUCAAGCAAACUGACGAAGAGCCAAUUCCAGAUGUAGUUACUGUCGAGGAGCUCGCCAAAGUGGCCCUUCUCGCGGAAAAAAUUGGAGAUUUGAAAAAAGCGGAAGCGACUUGGCUGGAGCUGCUUUCCCGUGACGAGGCGAAUUCGGACAAUUGGGCGGGCUAUGGAAGAGUGUGCUACAGAAAAGGAGAUAUUGGAAGAGCAUAUGAAGCUUUCAAGCAAGCUGUUUCAUUAGAACACUCCGAACCCUGGUACAUGAUCCUCGCCUCCCUCCUCGCCCGAGAAGAAGGAUUCCCCAACGAAGCAAAACUCAUCCUCCAGCGCGCAGCUGCCAAUCCUGACUACAACGAUCAAUCGACCAAGGGUGGCAAAGAAUCGAGGCUCAUGGAGCGCGCGCUUUCAAACAUCUUCCUUUCGGAAAUUCAUGAAGAACAGUUGGAAAACAGACUCAGCGAAUUCACGAAGUUGGAGGGAAAGAGGCUGAUAAAACUUUUAAACUCAGCUCAUCCUGGCGAGGGAGUCCUCCUCGAAGCGGCUGAAAAACUCUUCGAUUCUGGCUUCUGCGAAGUUUCGGACAAUCUUCUCGCGAAAUACCUUUCAUCUCUCGAUGCUGAAGAGCCGAUUCCAACAGCUGCUUUGCUUCUCCGAACUCGACUGAUGAUUCAGCUUGGCAAAAUUGAUACGGCGAUGGAGACAGUUAUUCAAGCGACGGAAGCUGAUCAUAAAAAUGCGAAUGUUUGGGCGCUAAAGGGCGAGAUCUUGCACAUUCAAGGAAACGAAGAAGCAGCAAAAGAGUGCUUCUCCCGUUGUCUUUCUUACACUACUCCUUGCAAAGAUCCAGCUUUUGUGUGCCUUCAGCUUGGCGAUAUUUUCUCCGCCGAGGAGAAAUGGGAAGAAGCAAGAAAUUACUACCUCCAUGCAUGCAGACUUAGUCCGACAUCGAUUUCCUGGCUUGGAGUGGGCAUUUGUAGUCUGAGAAUGAGUCGACUUUUGGAAGCGGAAGACGCAUUGGCCGAAGCAAAUCUCCUCGACUCAAAGAGCCCAGAAGUGUGGGGCUAUCUCUCCGUCCUUUGCCUCCGAACACAUCGAAAAGUCGAGGCUGAGCAGAGCUUCAAGUACUCGAUGAAACUCGGUCUUGACGAGUCAUCAUCUCUUCACAAAGAAAUUCGAGGGCUUCAAGCAAAACAUGGAUUCGGCGAUCCAAGCCUUUGA